UCAGGUCUCGCUGCCGCCCGCGGCUCCUCCCGCGAUCCAAGAUGGAGGCGCUGAGCCGAGCUGGGCAGGAGAUGAGCCUGGCGGCCUUAAAGCAGCACGACCCCUACAUCACCAGCAUCGCCGACGUCACGGGCCAGGUCGCGCUCUACAGCUUCAGCCACAAGGCCAACGAGUGGGAGAAGACUGACAUAGAAGGUACCUUGUUCGUAUACAGAAGGUCAGCUUCUCCCUACCAUGGUUUUACAAUUGUAAAUCGACUGAAUAUGCACAACCUGGUUGAACCAGUAAAUAAGGACUUGGAAUUUCAACUCCAUGAACCUUUUCUUCUUUACAGAAAUGCUAGCUUGUCGAUUUACAGUAUCUGGUUUUAUGACAAGAAUGACUGUCACCGAAUAGCAAAACUCAUGGCUAAAGUGGUAGAACAAGAAGCUCAAAGAUCCCAGCAAGUUGCACAUGACAGAAGGAGCCCCAGCAGGACUAACGGUUGUAGUGAAAAUAGACCCAUUGAUAUCCUGGAAAUGCUCAGCAAAGCCAAGGUUGAAUAUGAACGAAAUCAAAUCAAUGACUUAAAUAUUAUAUCAAACUCUGGAAUGCAACAAAAUGCAAAUCCCACAAAGCCGGAAAACCUAGAGACUUCAGAACAAAUGUCUUCAGUGUUACAAGUACAAGACCAGCUAUUUCAAUCAAGACACAAACAUCUGACAGUAGAAGAAUUAUUUGGAACCUCCUUGCCAAAGGAGCAACCAAUAAUUCCAUGUUCCAAUCCAGACAAAAUGGAGAAGUUGCCAGCUGAUACGUCUGGCAAAGAACACAACUUGCUCUUACCUUUUUCCUUUGAGCAGUCAUCAGUGACACAUCAACCACUGGGAAAAGGAGAGAGUUCAGGUGUCAAAACCAGUGCCAGUACCUUGACUUCGCAGGACUGUGUAGCACCUGUGCUCAUUGCUCCAACUUCAGUUUCACAGCCUGACAUAAAGAAUGUUGCAAAUUAUACAGUUCGUUUAAGUCCCAUUCUUAACUCGGUCUCUACAGCAGAAGCUGCUACUCCGAAGAUACUUCACAACCUAAAAUCAAACAAUAUCAUGCAGGUUAUGCAGCAAGCUUCCAAGCAGAUACCCCCACUUAUGAAUCAACCACCAUCUGAUGCAAACCACACUCCACAAAAUCUGAUGGCUUGCCAAACCCAGUUUAUAGCACCUUUGGCAACAACCAGUACAGGAAAUACUUCUUCAAACACACCUCUUCCAAGUGUUGAUCUUCUCCAGAAACUCAGGUUGACCCCACAGCAUGACCAAAUACCAACGCAGUCUCUUAGCAAAAUAACUAUAACUCCAAACAUCUCGUGCACAGUAAGCCAACUCGCAACACCAGAAAGCUUCAAAGAAUCUCAUGCUAAACCAGCUACCUUGAAUAGCAAAAUAAUUUCUCCUCUUCAGAUUGUACAGCAAAACAAGGAACCGGAGGUAUUUCCACAGCCCAAAACUUUGUCAAAAACCAGCCAAGUUGCAUCUCCCCAGUUUGUUACAGCUACAACUACAGUGGCACCUUCAAUCCUCUUGUCUCCUAGUGUUUUCCAGCAGUCAGCUACAAAAUCCACUGAAGUGGAAAAUAAAGCCACUCCUCCUUCCCCUCUAACACUUGGCGCAACAGAAAUCCAGGCUAUGCCACCUACUGUCCUCAGUCGGUCUCAGCUCCAAGAGACAUUAAUACAUCUAAUAAAGAAUGAUUCCAGUUUUCUCACCACUAUUCAUGAUGUCUACUUGCAAGUCCUGACCAAGAAUACUGACAUUAAUCUAUAAUUGAAAUUAGUUCAAUUCCACUGACAACACAUCUGCUUCAGAAACAAUUAUGCCUCAUCUAUAAAACUAAUAUUUUUUUAAAAAGAAUAUUUAGUUUUCAGUGUCUUGAAUUUGAGCCUCUUGGGAAAGACUAUUCCUUAAAAAUACUUCUAAAAGUAAUGUUCUCAGAAGUGAUCUAGGUUUCACUGUGAUCAUCACCAGCAAACCUUUGUUCUUUGGAAACAUUGGGUAGUUGCAAAUGAGCUUUCAUUAGCAUUAAGUGAGUGUGCAGAUGUUUGAGUCACUGUCAUUUCUAACUGUUUUCAUUUUUAAGAGAUAACGGGGAACAGUGCUAUUUUUCAGCUAUCAAGUGUAUACCACACUUUGCAGACACGAGCAAAUUGAGUUGCAAACCCCACUUCUAUUUUUAAGGGCUGCAUAAAGGCUGAAGCAGGUAAUUUGUUAUGAUGAAUUGGCUAUGGAAAGAUGAGUGCACAGGAAAAGGUACUGUGCUCAGGCUUCAAGAGAGCUGCUGUUGGAGCUAAACAUUUGAUGUGCAGGUUAAAAAAGAUCUUUUGCCUGUUCCUGAGUAACCAGAAGCCUCUACCCAACACACAUCCAUUUAUUUUGUAAGUGUGUAUGUUUAACUCUUUUCAGCAUCUAUGGCAAUAUGCCGGUUCCUCAUUAAGUUAUACCUGGUUGCUCUACAAAGGCAGAAUCUAAGCAUGCAAAAUCUUAGGAAGGGGCAGUUGAAUCUUCUUUUAAGUAUCAGUUUAAUUGUGGCAUUUGGAUUCUAGUUGUUACAGUUUUUAAAAAUAUAUUUGGAGGAGAGUACCCUAUAAGCCUGUUGUUUCCCUGUUAUGUGGAGUUCAAUAUGGAUUUUUGGAACGCAUUGUUUCCCUUUAGCCAAGGAUGGACCAAUACCAUAGUUGAGUUUCAUUCCUCAAUUGUGUUGGUACUAUAAUGUUGAAAACUAUGCAGAUGGGGAAGAAAUGUGAACUGUUCCCUUCUCUUCCACCCCCUCAGACUUUUUCAUGCUUGUCACACAGCAUUUAUUUAAAAAAGUGAUGCUUCUUAUAUAUGGUUUAAUGUUUCAGUAUUUACUAGUGUAAGACUCUAACUACUACUUCACAUUUCCCCAUGUAGAGUUAUACUAAUCCUUAAUGAUAUUUUGCUAUGCUGCUAUUGGUCUAUCCAUGACUUAAAUUUAUUUCUAUAUGGCAUGCAAACGUAGUUGAUAAUACUUAAAUGUAGAUCUCAAUUUAUUCCAGCAAUAGUCAUUUUAAAGGAUCUUUUUGAGUAGCAAGGUCUUGGUUUAUAUGGUAAAGGAUAAUUUGUAGUAAAUAUAACCAGUUAAGAUGCGCUGCUUAUUUUUUCAAGCACUAUUGAAAUGAAGAAGAAAGAACAAAUUUCAUUUGGCUCUACAAAACAGAAUCUACUAAGGAUGAGUUAUAAUAAUGUGACAGUCAAAAUGCAGGGUCGUUUCAUUGGAAAUGAUGAAAUAAGCUUUAAUUGUAAAUCGAUUACAGAUCAGUGUGUUUCUCAGUCAUAACAAAAAGUAUGAGUUUUUAUGCAUCUAAUGUCUCUUAGUAUAGACUUUGGUUUUUGAGUGAAAGUGGUUUUUUUUUUGGUUUUUUUUUCCUGCAAAAUCUGCCUUCUAAAAAGCUCUUUAACAGCCAUUGGGAUUCAGUAUUUCCAGGUGAAAAUAUAUAGUAUUUUAUGUUAGAAAAAUAUGCAGAAUUCAGGGAAAUGUGUUAGCAAUCGUGCAAGUUUACCAAGAAAUGUAUUGGCUUUAAUGGUAGAAUUUUAAUUCAGCAAUAGACUUUCUGAACCUUGCUAAGGAAUAAGGGAGCUUUCUUAAUCAGAUACUGCACAAAUCACAAAAAUAUGCUUCAUUUAUCUAACCUACAGACCUAAUGCAAGUCAAAUUUGAGGUCCCCUUAGAAAGAGAGAGAACGGGGGGGAAAAAGGCCAAAUCAGAGAGCAGUUCUCUUGGAUAUAGUUCUAGCCUAAACCAAAUGUUACACUUGGUUUUCUCCAGCUUUAACAGACUGAGUCAGUAUAUUCUUGAUUUUUUUUUUAUAAGGAUUUUUAGUACCUUGAAAAGGAGGUUGAAUUAAAGGAGAUGUUCCCUAGUGUAGAGAGGAGAUGGGGAACUACUGUAAUCAUACCAACCUUUCAGAUAUGUUACAACUAAAUACCGUCACAUUCUUCAAGUAAUAUCCAAAAUGUCAAAAUGAUGGGACAGUUGAGGAGUUCCUUCAUACCAUUGUACUGCAAUAUGGAGUACAAGUCCUGGACAGCUGACAAAGGGAAUACUGUUUUAAAUAGCAUCAUUACAACAAGUUACUCUCUAAAGCCCAAACUGUCCAUGUUUCUAUUAAAUGUGUUUUGCAUUAUAACUGUCCAGAAACCUCAGCAAGCAGUAGGCAGAUUCAAUUUUUUUUUUCUUGUAGUGUAGUAGUGCCAAAAAGUAUGUUCUUCCCAGCUUGCAAACAAACUUCAUUAGGUGUAAAAUGAAAUAACUUUAGGUAACAUUAUAACUGAUUUCUGUUCAUGUCCUUUUUUUUUCUGCACCUUUAUUCCCCCCUCCACAGAUGUAGCAGACACUGGGAGGGGUGUUCUGUAAUAAAACAUAGCAUGGUUAUCCCCUGCAGUAUAUGCAAAGUGCCAGAAUAGUGCUCUUUGUAAUACAUAAAUGUUUAACAGAUUUAACCUCUUCAAGGAGAAAUUGCUUUGUAAAACAAAAGUUCAACUGCAGCAUAAAACAUGAGAUAUUUUAAAAUGUGGAAGUUAUUUGACAGUUCUACUUUUGUCGUUUUUUAACCUUUUGUAAUAAUGUAGAAUUAAUUAGCUUGUCUCUUUGUGAAGAGAUUGAUUCAUGUUAGAUGCAUGUAGUAAUAGCUAAUGCAUAUAGCUAGUUACCAAGGGUCACCACAGCAACUGAACAUGACCAUUUAAAGUGACUUUUAUUGUGGUAAAGCUGCCAGUAAAUUGGAUUUUACUCAUUAGUUUUGAGAGUUCAUAGUUUACUUCCAGAAUGAAUUUUACUGUCUCAGCAUGUUUCUUUGACCAGUGUUCAGUUACUUGGAAAAUUACAAUUUACUAAUCACAGAUUAUUUUUAAAAUUAUAACUGCUUUAUUAUUCACAAAAUUAAGAUAGUUUCUCAGUUCUGUAGUUGUAUUAUUAACAUAAUGGCAGUUAUAAUCUCCGAAGAUGUAUGAAAGGUGCCUACUAGCUAUUAAUUUGGGGGCAGUAUAUCUUGUCAAAUUACACAAGAUUUGCAAAACAGUUGAGGCAGAGUUUAACAUUUAAAGUAAUUGAUUUCUAGUUUCAUAUAACAAAUGCUUAAUUCUCCAGAUAUUGAUAUUUUAAUAUUAUAUUUGAAUGCUUGCUGUUGGACCCAUUUCAUUUCGCCCAUAUUUUGGUUUGGCCUACUUAAGUACCUUCUUGGAAACAAUGCCCUGUGUAGUCCGGAUGUAAUUACUGAGAAACUUUUAAAAGCUAAUAAUUAAUUUGGAACAUUAUUUUUAAAAAUAUUUUAGAGAAAUCAGCCACUUUUUGCCAGUUAUUGAGUUGCUUCUUGCUAACAACAUAUCUUAACAGGAGGAAUGUGUGCAAUAUAUUUCACCUUAGUGUUGUCUGACAUCAUUGUGAAAAUGUUAAGAUGCAAUAUCUUCCUUCCACUUUAAAUUGGAAAAAAAUGCAAUAUCUUUCUCUGGUGGUCUAUUUUUUUUAAUCUAUUCACUGGGCACAUGGCUUUUUUGUAUUUUUUUUUUUUAAUGUACAGUAUGCAUUUUUUAACAGUGUCUCAUUUUUUAACACUUUUUUCAGAUGCACCAGUUACUACCCAUUUGCAUGUUCUUUCAGUGUGAAGAGCUUAAGACAUUGGUAUUUUUUAAUAGUCAUUCCUUGAAACUUACGUGAACAAUAUUUUAGAAAUCCA